ACUCCGCUCGCACUGAUUUCCAGCUCUUCUUCGGGAGAGCUCGGCUCUUCUGUGCCGUUGUGUUUCGACGCUGGGCGUCGGUUGUCCUCCGCAGCAGCCGUGUUUACUCCCUGUGGUUAAUGUCUGUUUAGGCUCUUACUUUCGGCGAAAUAUCAGAGAUAAAAUGAACGGGAAAUCAGCGAGCGGGACGCCGGCCUGUAUCGAGGGUCUCCCCCCUCUUCCUAAGAGCCUGAGCGGCUUGCUGAACUCGAGCGGCGGCUCUUGGAGGGACAUGGAGCGGGUGUACGUGAAGAAGACCAUGAUCCAGGACGACCUGAGCCGCGGCAGGGCCAACACCGACGGCCUGCUGGCCAGCAAACCAGCCAACCUCGACGCUGCCCUGGCUCUCCUCAGAAAGGAAAUGGUGGGUUUGCGGCAGCAGGACAUGUCUUUGCUCUGCCAGCUCUGGUCGCUCCACGAGUCCAUCCAGGAGUAUAAGGGCAGCUGCCAGGACCUUUCUGCCGGUUCCAGCGCAGACGGCCCGUACGGGAUGGAGAACGGCUACUUCGACGAAGACGACGAGUACUACGCAGAGUCUGGAGUGACCCCCACCGAGACGCCAGACGGGGCCGAACAGAACGGAACGGCCCAGGGCAAGUGGCUGCACGACUCUCUCCAUGUCACGAUAUGAGGGAGCCGGCUCGGCCGCAGCUGAGGCAGGACGCUGUUCUCUUUGGGACAGAGCUGCGAUGCUGCUUCUGCUUUGCUGGCUUUUUUUUUGUUUUUUUCUUUUUUUUUCUCUGCAGACUUUUUUCUAUAGAAACUAUAAAUCAAGAUUAUUUAUUAUAUAACACAGUAUAGUUCUUUUUUUCCUGAUUUAAUGGACGUUUUAAAACAGUUUUAUAUGACUUGCGAGGAGUGAAGCACAUCUCUUAAUAUUCACGUUUACACUAAAAACUUCCCUGAACUUGACCUGUCUGUGCUCCGCCCACAAGUCGGUCCUUUCCUAGCAACUGUUGCUAAGUUGGACAAGGCCAAAAUCCCAUUCAGUGUUGGAGUUUACAUUGGUUGAGUGAGUUUCCAGUUGAAAAUGGACAACAAAUUUGCAACCAUACUAGCUUAAACUUGCUUACACAACACUUAAACUACAUCCUGACACUUUUCACACACAUACAAAAUAAAUAACACUCUGAUUUCAUAGAUUUGGAUGAAACCUGAGUUGUGUGCAACAAGUUCUCAUUAGGUCAAUUAUACUAAUGUUCUGUAAACCUUGUCCAGCCUCAGUAGCAGCUAUGAGAGAAUGCAUUUGUGGGCAGAGCAUCGAUGGGUCAAUGAUGGAGGUGAUGACCUUAGGCAGUGAUUAUGCUGAUUCCAAGCUGUAGCGACAGAUUUCUGACCUUAUUCUACAUUUAACAGCAACAGACAAGUCAGAUUUGGGGCGGAGAUACUAGUUUACAUUAAAGACGUUAAGAAAAAUGUGAAUAAAUGUAAUGCUGGAAAUGCUACCUAUAUCAAACAGAUGCUCCUCCUAAAACAGCGCGUCAGACUAUAAUAACAGUUAUUAUAUCUAAAAGCUCCUCUUUUUUUUGCUAUGAACUUUCUGCUGAAACCAACAACAAGAUCGCAUCGCGUAUGUCCUGAACAGAAAGAGGAAAAUGUGUGCUGUGUACACAUUCCUCACCACGGCGGGACUCAUUUACACAGCGUUUAAACUGUACACAAAUGAUACAUAAUGGUACAUAAUGCAUAAAAUAAUCAGGUGGCUACUGAGGUUUACCUUAUUUUCCCAGCAGUCGACUCUAUAAAUCAAUUACUCUGCUAAUCAAUGCCCGUAGUUUGUGCAGUAGAAUGAUCAUUAACCAAACCAAGCAUUAUACUGUGUAUAUAAAUACCAGGCUGUUAUCCGAUAUGCAUAUUAAUAUGGGUGCUAACAUGCAGUCUUCCAUUUCCUUUGGAUUCCUCCACAAGGACGCCAGGGGAGCAAUUAGCGAGAUAAGUUACUCCAUAGCCUCCCUGCUGUCCGACACCUUAAUACGGGGCUCUGCAUAAUCAAUUUGUGCUCAGUUUUUAUGGCGUACGAACUGAUCGCUGCUCAGGCACGCAAACCAAAGACAAAUGCUGUGCUACACAUAAAGCUUCAUAUCAGUUAUGCUCAUUCGAGACAUUACGGGGUUGUAGACGUUUCGUAGGACACAUUUUUGUUAGUGGAUGGUUCUGGGCCGCGUUUGUCUGGUACUGUGUGAGGUGGACGGUGUGAGGUGAUGCCGUUUGGCAGUUCUUGGCAUCAUGUCUUAAAGGAUAAAGGUCCACUGAGCUCCUGAAACUUACUGCUAGGACAUUUUAGUGUAUUGAAAGUGGCUGUUGUAGCAGUGCUAUUCGUCAGCUGCAGUCAUAAUAGGUUGAGGAUACAGGAGUAGGAUGUCUAACAAACGUGUAGGGCUGGGUAUUUUCAACAUCAAUACCGAUACUCUGACUUUGGCUACGCUACGGUUACACAGCAGGUAAAAGUGGCCCAAAUCUGAUCUUUUUCCUCAUGUGUGUCCCAAUGUGGCAGUGUGAACAGCACAAAACGCAUUGAAUCUGAUAUUUUCAAUUCCGAUUUGAGACGCUUUCAUAUGUGGUACUGAAAUCCGAUACGUAUCUGAUACGCGGCAGUGCGACUCAGACUGAACAGCCGGAUCGGAAUUCAUGAGACUUUUACGUCCAACUCGAUAUCAGUCAUCAUUUCGUGCUGCUGAGACCUCAAACAUUUAGGCUGAUGUUUCUGUACUAAAAACUGAGAAGAGACUCAUCCAUUGUUUACCUCUGAAUGAGCCGCGUGAAGCACUGUUCUUUUGCGCAUGCGGUGGGUUUAGGAGCUGAUCUGUUCAGACUGAUGUCGCAUACAGAUCACGUUUAAAAGACAAUGUGAACAGCCAAACAAAAAAUCGGAUUUGGUGAGAAAAUCAGAUUAGGGCCACUUUUACCUGCUGUGUGAACGUAGCCUUAGUUACCGAUUCUUAAACAAUACUUUACUUCAAUGCCUUCUUUUAAAUUACAAACCAAGGAAGCUGUUGUAUUCACAAACCACAAUGAAUUGCAGGCAAAUCAAGAAAUAUUGACGUUAAUAACCAGCCAAUCAGCAGUCUAGAUUUUGAAACGGGCAUGUCUGUGCUGGGACUGAUUACUUAUGCUGCUUGGAAAUGGGAAAUCGGAGCUUGGAAUUACAUCAUUGACCGUUAUAGAUUUAACCAACUACUGUGUCUGUAUGUUAAUCGGUCUAAAGCAAAUGUUACUAUAAUCACAUUUUAAAGAAAAGAAGAUGUACUUUCCUGACUUUCCGAUUAGGAGAGUUGAGGAGGUGUUUUCUCCGUUGUUUUUUUUUAUUCAUCGUAGGGCUGAACGAUUUGAGCAAAAUAUCUAACUGCGAUUUUUCUGACUAAUAUUGCGACUGCAAUUUAAACUGUGAUUAUUAUUAAUAAGACAUGAGGUUUUUGGCCAAAAAAUCUGAAUAUCCACCUUUUCUGAGGUUUGACCCCUGAAUGCAGUGAGCCAAACUGCCAGUAAGUUGUGGUUGUGAUGUCACAACACAGGGGGAUGAUUGGCUGCCUCUGAUUGGUCCAACUCAUCUACAGGCAGUUCACAAUCUCCAUGUUAUUAGGUUCAAUUUCCACUCUUAAAACUUAGACAACGUUUUUGAUAAAGCAGGCUAUAAUUUAAAAAAAAUUGCAGCUCUUGCGAUUUGAAAAUUGCGUUCUUAAAUUGCAAUUUCGUUGUAUUCCAGAUUACAAGUUGCUGCAUUAGAUGUUGAAAUUCAGGAUUGAACAACAGAAUUUUUCAGUAGUGGUAUUGAAGCAGUCCAGUCAGUCCAUCAAAGUAUUGAAUGUUGAUGCCCAGCUCUAUAUGUCAUUCAACUCUUUACACUUGAAUCAGGUGUUUUAGAGCAAGAAAAACACUGAACUCCUUAAGGGUGGUGGGAUCUGAGUGCGAGUCGGGGCUCUCGAGGUUUAUAAAAGGGUAAUUUGGCAAAAAAUCUAAUGUAUACAAUCUUCACUUCUAUCCCAGAUGUAGUCAGUCAGCCAAGACAUGUCUGUUGACUGCAUGCCCAUGUAAUGGAAACCACAUAAGUAACCUCAAAUUGACUCGCUGAACAGCUUGACGCAGUUUGAGUCAAGUGUGGUGAUUUAAGCAGACUGCACAGUUCUAAUUGGCCACAGUUCAGCUUUACUUGUCCAGUGCGAAGGUAAAGAAGCUUCAGACACCGAACAUAUCGUGGCUCAUCGACUACAAGGGGGCUAAGGGGGAAAAUGUACAACUUGUACAACACAAGCUUUGAUGGGGGAACGACUACCAAGGUACUCUCCAAUAUGGAGAAAGGAAACCUCUUUCCUCUACUCUUCUACUGCCUCAGACUGUGUGCUGCAUCAUUUGAAUAUGGUAGCUGACUCAUUUCCUCACAUCAGCAGACACAGAUGAAUGGCUCUUUCUUAGUGCUCAGCGCUUUACUGUGCCAGCCUUGACUGAGUUUUCCAAAACUUUUGCACAACAGUGAUCAUUUAUUUGAGUAUCAGCACGAACGCCACCCUUAGGGUGGGCAAUAUGGCCGAAACACUUUCUUCAUAGGGUGUUUAGUUUUGGCAAGUUUGUCUUUGUAAUCAAACAUGCAGUUGGUCAGUUUUCUUUAAGCAUAGGUGUCGACCAAUCCAUUUUGAAGAUAUAAAGCUGGGAAAUCUAGUCUAAUACGGGUUCCUCGUAAACUCUGGCCAAUUAUUCUGAUUAGUUCUGUAUCACAGUGCAGGAUAUAUUGCUGCUGUUGUCAUUUCAGUGGUACAAAUGUACUAUACGGGUAUCAGUCAAUUUAUACAGUUUGGAUGCUCUGAAUAGAACGUUAAACCUCUGUUUAUAGAGGUUGACGUCUAUGAUUAAAUACUGACUGUAUCCACAUUAUGCUCAUAAAAGCACUUUGGUGUAUUUUAUCACAGUACCCAUAAAUAUUGUCAUAUUUCCCAGCACUGUCUACUAUACAGUUGAUCAAAUAAUGACCGUUGUGCUGCAAAGGUUGUGGGUAAUGUAGUCUUGUUCGGUUAAUAAUCGCCACAUUGUCUUUCUACUCUUACCUAAUUCUAGCUCUAAGUUCAGUUCACUAAAGCGUGCUCCACCCACAGAUGUGUUCUUUACGACGGUGUUUUAGGGCCUCUGUUAAUAAAAAUGGUAAUAGUAAACUUCGAGAAUAAAGUCGUAAAGUUACGAGAAUAAAGUGGGCUAACUGUAGGGGGGCUGGCGUAACUCGUUGGGUUCUCGGUCCCUGUCCUAAGUAUAACCUUUCCUGGUAUUAAUGCCACUUUAAUGUUGUAAUUCUAUGAUUUUAUUGUUGAAAUAUUAUGACUUUUUUUCUCAAAAUAUUGCGACUUUAUUCUCGAAGUUUACUGUUUUUAUUUUUUUAACAGUGGCCCUAAAACGCCGUCAUAGGUCUUGGUAGCUACUGGUGCAAACGUUUCCAGAACGCUGGCAAAAAUCCCACUCAGUUUUGAUGCUACACAGCCAAGCUGUACCAUGUUAACGUAGCUAAUCAAAACUUGCCAGGUUGGAUACCACAACCACUUUGCCAUCAUGCUCGCGUUAACUUGAUCUCACGAUUGAAAAGCCUACAUCUGCUUCCACAACCAUACAAAAUAAAUAUAAUCUGAAGUUAACCCACUCAAAAAUAUACAUAUUUUGGCCAAAACGAGUCCUGCUGUCUCUUAAGUCGAAUGGGAUUUCUGCUAAUGUUCAACAAAACUUGUCCAACAGUAGCUACUGAAGAAUAAUUAUCAUUUGAGGACCAUUUAAGGUCAGUGAUUAUAUCAUUCAGUGCAUUUGCGGGCAGAGCUUGGGAAGGUCAGCUACACCAUAAGUUCUUAGUUCUCUCCUUUGGCGGUUCUAACAUCGCCAGACAUUGAAAAAGCAGUCAGAGUAGUUCAACAGUAAAGCUCUCGUCCUUUAAGCCGCCAGACUUUGUGUGUGUUCACUCUAAAAACAUCACUGAUCGUUCCUCACUGAGUGCCUUCUUAACAGCCUGGGCCAAAACUCAGGCUUUUCGAUCUGCAGCCCUUUUCAUAAAUCACCUCUGAUGUCAGUAACUGCGUGUAUCAUACAUACAAGACCCUCAAACAGCUGGUGGAAAGAUCUAGAGAUUCACCACGAAUGUCUCCUCACCAGUCUUGUACGUUGUAUCUGAUUGUUUUCCUCUAAUGUGGAAAUCCCAUGUGUUCAUAGCAAUGUGCAAAAAAAAAGAGAUGAACUGGUCACUGAUUGUCGCCGUGUCUUGCUUUGAGCUCCAUGUGGUUGGUCAUGAGAUGCAUUCCUCCAGUGCUCUGUGUGCAGUGAUGGUAAAUGGCCGUUGGAUGAAAACGAUGGCAGACCUGCUCAUCUGUAUUGUGUUUUAUUAGUUGAGUUUAUUCCAUUGUGUUUUUUUUUUUUUAAUCAGUUGAAAUCAUGAUCAGUUUUUGAGAGCGAAUGAGUAAACAGACUCGUGUAUCUGGAGUAACGUUUGUAUAUGUGUAUUCUACGGAAUGACCUUACUACUGUAAGUUUUGGAGGAUCGUUUUUGUAUGCUUUUUUGUAUAUGUAAUAAUUAUAUUAAAGGAAUAAAUUACAUCA